AAAAUACUUCUACUCAUAUGAUAGCAAGUAGCGGAGUUUAGCCAGCUGUCAGUUUGUGUUUUCUGUCAGCAUUUACUUGUCAAGGAGUUUAUAAUAAAGGCUUCGUUCGUCAAAAUGCCCAAAGGAGGUAAGAAAGGUGGUCACAAGGGUCGCAUGCGGACGUACACGAGCCCAGAGGAGAUAGAUGCUCAGAUGAAGGAGGAAAAAGAGAGGAAAAAGCAGGAGCAGGAGGACGGAGGAGCAGCUCAGAACGAAACCGCGGAGGAGAAGCUACCGGGAUCCGGGUCGGAGGACAGCGACGACGAGGACUCCCAGAGGAGAAGAGCCGGCGUCGAGGGCCUGAUCGAGAUCGAGAACCCAAACAGAGUCGCUCAGAAGUCCAAGAAGGUGACGCAGAUCGAGCUGGAGGAGCCGCGGCAGCUAUCGAGGAGAGAGAGAGAAGAGAUCGAGAAGCAGAAAGCGAAGGAACGUUACAUGAAGAUGCACUUGGCGGGAAAGACGGACCAGGCGAAGGCCGACCUCGCUCGUCUCGCCAUCAUCAGGAAACAGAGGGAGGAGGCGGCGAGAAAGAAAGACGAGGAGAAAAAAGCGAAAGAAGCGGCGGCGGCGGCGGCCAGAGGGAUGAACUCCCUCUCCCUGAAAUGAAGCAGAGUAUUUAUCGGGAGCAUUUCACUUAUCCACGGACUGCUGCAAUAUAUAUAUUUGACUAUUUUUAAAUGAGGAUCUAUGAAGAGUAUUUACUGUAACAUAUGACCAUGUGGGAAAGAGUUGCGCAGACACCAGUGGAGUGGGGUUGUGUUUACCUUGGCAUGGAAAAAUGGCCGCCAUCCCUCCAGGAAGUAAAGCUCCAGCUGGAUUGAAGGGCGGGGGGGUGUCUUAACGUUGUAUAUAAGUGACUCAUGAAAAUAUUUCUGACUAAUAUGGUGAAACAGUU